AUGAAGUUUCCCGAUUUAUCUAUAAGCAAUCCUCUACGUUUACGUGAGUUAAUUCGAUUAAUUCGUUCGGCAAAAACAGCAGCUGAAGAAAGAGUGAUUGUUUCCAAAGAGUUGGCUCAUAUCAGAGAUUCAUUUCGUGUUGAAGAUAAUACAUGGCGUUGUCGGAAUGUAGCCAAAUUACUUUACAUUCAAAUGUUAGGUUACGACGCUCAUUAUGGACGGCUUGAAUGUAUAAGAUUGAUUGCAUCUCAACGAUUUACAGAUAAGCGCAUUGGCUAUUUGGGAGUAAUGUUACUGUUAGAUGAAAAACAAGAUAUUCAUGUAUUAAUUACAAAUUCGUUAAAAAUAAAAGUACCAGAAUUAAUGGAUAUAUUUUUACCAUCCGUACGAGGUCUUAUAACAGAAAAAAAUCAUGGUAUAUUGUUAACAGCGACGGCACUUAUAACAGAAAUGUGUUACAAAAGUACAGAGGCAUUACAACAUUUUAGAAAAUUGGUACCAAAUCUUGUUCGUAUAUUGAAAACUUUAAUUUUGUCCGGCUAUAGUCCUGAACACGAUGUUUCUGGAAUCAGUGAUCCAUUUUUGCAAGUUCGACUAUUACGAUUAAUGCGCAUUAUAGGAAAAAAUGAUACGGAAGCCAGUGAUACGAUGAAUGAUAUUCUUGCUCAAGUAGCAACAAACACAGAAAAUAGUAAAAAUGUUGGCAAUGCUAUACUGUAUGAAGCUGUUUUGACCAUUAUGGAUAUUAAAUCCGAAUCUGGUCUACGUGUACUGGCUGUUAAUAUUUUGGGGCGAUUUCUUAUAAAUAACGAUAAAAAUAUACGCUAUGUUGCAUUGAAUACACUUUUACGGGUUGUGCACGUUGAUAAUAAUGCCGUACAACGUCAUCGAUCAACGAUUGUUGAGUGUCUGAAAGAUGCCGAUGUUUCAAUUAAAAGACGUGCAAUGGAAUUAUGUUUUGCCUUGAUCAAUGCAAACAAUAUUCGAACAAUGACGAAUGAAAUGUUUACAUUUUUAUCUAUUUGUGAAUUAGAUUUUAAAGCUGAUUGUACAUCAAACAUGUUUCUAGCCAUCGAACGUUUUGCUCCAUCGAAGCGUUGGCAUGUCGAUCAAAUAAUGAAGAUUUUAACUACCGCUGGUAACAGCGUUCGUGAUGAUAUUGUUUCAAGUCUAAUUGGAAUUAUAUCCUGUGCACCAGAUUUACACGGCUAUAUUACUCAACAGCUAUACAAACUAAUUAAUGAUAGUAUAACUCAACAGCCACUCGUCCAAGUAGCGUCAUGGUCGUUAGGUGAAUACGGAGAUGUAAUUACAUCCGGUCAACUUGAAACCGAUGACGACUCCGCCCAUAUCAAUGAAGCUGAUGUUGUGAAUGUAUUAGAAAAAGUGCUCAAUUGGACUCUCAGUACAAUUGUUACACGUGAAUAUGCAAUUAAUGCACUAAUGAAACUAAGCACUCGUUUUCCGUCUUGUUCUGAUCGAAUACAAACAGUAAUGACAAUUUAUACGUGCAACAUGAAUUUGGAAUUACAAACACGUGCCGUUGAAUAUACAUCAUUGUUUACCAAACACAAUUCAUUAAGAUCAAGUAUUGUUGAACGAAUGCCCGUUGUGGUUAAUAAUCAAAUGCAGAGUUCUGUGAAUGAACAACAACAACAACAACAAUCAACUGAUGACAAUGUUCAGACAGCUGCGUCUUCUGAAUCGUCAACAUUGAAUAGUAAUUCAAAACCAGCUGAAGAGAAUCCUCUUCACAUUUUGGACGAAAUUCAACCCGUAGUAAUCAAUGAUAUAGCAAACGGUAACAUGAAUAACAAUAUAUUGGACCUGUUUGGUAGCAUAUCCACACCAGUCGCAAUAACACCACCGGAUGAAUUCUUAUUUGGUUCUGCUUUAUCAACUACUAAUGUGACAAAUAAUCCAACAAACCUGAAAAGUAGCACAAUUCCAAAUAUGAAUGCGAUUGAUAAGAAUGGUUUACGUGUCGUAUUUAGUUUUGAACGGCAUGCUAUAAAUUUAAUAAUAAAUUUAGAAGCGUCUAAUUUAACUUCGUCCAUAAUGAAAAAUUUCGUAUUCAAAGCAGCUGUUCUGAAAACGUUUAAUCUCGAGUUACUUUCUCCAAGUGGUACUGAUAUACCACCUAAUAACAGUGAUAGUAUUCGUCAGAUAAUCAGACUCAGCAAUCCGAAUAAGGUUAUUUUCUAUUCGUACUAUUAUCUUGUUUAUUUAAUGAGUAUCAUUAUUGGCGGUGGAACUGGAUUUGUUGGUCGUCGUUUAAUAACAUUACUGAGAGAAAAAGGUUUUAAUAAUAUCACAGUUGUAUCGAGAGGUACUGUAAAUACAGGUACCGAAAAGUUGACUUGGGACGAUGUUAAAUUAGGCAAAGUACCAUCUGACAUUCGUGCAAUUGUAAAUUUGGCUGGGGCACCAUUAUUAAAUUUUCGUCGAAGAUGGACAGAAGAGUAUAAAAAUGAAGUAAUAGAAAGUCGAUUAGGUACUACAAAAAAAUUUGCUGAUCUCAUCAUAAAUAAAUUAGAUAAAAAACCAGAUGUUUAUAUUUCGAUGUCCGGCGUUAGUUUUUAUAAACCCGAUUCAGUUAAAGAAUACACAGAAACAUCAUCUGGUGGCGAUUAUGAUUUUUUGUCACAUUUGGCGAAUGAUUGGGAAAAUGCUUCUGAACAGAUUGAAAAAGCGGGUGUUCGUCGCAUCAUUCUCAGAGCCGGUGUGGUGUUGGGUUCCUCAGGAGGCAUGAUUGCCUCUCUUUAUUGGCCAUUCUUUUUUGGUUUUGGUGGUCCGAUUUCAACUGGUCAACAGUAUUUUCCUUGGAUACAUAUUGACGAUCUUUGCUAUUUAAUUAUUUAUGCUAUUGAAAAUUCGAAUGUAAGAGGUAUUUUAAACGCUGUUGCACCAGACAUAGUUACAAACAAACAAUUUUCACAGACAUUUGCAUCGUCUUUUUAUCCACCAAGACCAGCGCUACUUCCUAUGCCUGGAAUUGUGAUGCGUUUUCUGCUCGGUGAAGAUCGAGCCGUAAUGGCUCUUGAAGGACAGAAAGUCAUACCACAGAGAACAUUGGAAUCAGGCUUUAAAUUCAAAUAUCAAACAAUUAAAGAAGCUAGUCAACAUUUGUCUCGAUUGUUUAUUUAA